UUUGCAUGCUUCUUGCAUGCCUGGGUCUGCGUUUGGCCGUCGUCAAUUCGUCAUUUGCUUGCUUGUUUAGAGAGAGCACAUGGCUGUGGCGCUUAUACAUAACCCCCGCACUCUGUCCUCUCUUACCCGCUCUUCUUCUUCUUCUUCUUCUUCUUCCUCCACAUUGACCCUCCUCUCCCAACCCCCCAAAACCCACUCUGAAUCUUCGCUCUCUUAAAGUUCGUCUCUUUAAAUCACUAUCGGUUUUAUUGUUGCUUGCGGCACAAAAGCAGAGAUGGGAGAACUGCUCGACCCAUUCUCACUUGUUUCCGAUGAGCUGUCGAUUAUUGCUAACAGGUUGCGGGCGAUGGUAGUUUCUGAGGUCCCUAAGCUUUCCUCCGCUGCCGAGUACUUCUUUAAAACGGGAGUGGAAGGAAAGAGGUUUCGUUCCACGGUCUUAUUGCUGAUGUCAACCGCGUUGAAUAUCACUGUACCUGAACCUCCUACGGAGCUGCAAGAGGCUUUGUCAACAGAGCUACGCGCAAUGCAUAUCACUGUACCUGAACCUCCUACGGAACUGCAAGAGGCCUUGUCAACAGAGCUACGCGCAAGGCAUACCACUGUACCUGAACCUCCUACGGAACUGCAAGAGGCUUUGUCAACAGAGCUACGCGCAAGGCAACAACGAAUAGCAGAAAUCACAGAGAUGUUUCAUGUGGCAAGCCUUUUACACGAUGAUGUAUUGGAUGAUGCAGACACAAGGCGUGGUGUUGGUUCAGUAAAUUGUGUAAUGGGAAAUAAGUUGGCUGUUUUAGCAGGGGAUUUUGUGCUUUCCCGAGCCUGUGUCGCACUUGCCUCCUUGAGAAACACAGAGGUUGUAUCAUUAAUGUCAACGGUUGUUGAGCAUCUUGUGACUGGUGAAACCAUGCAAAUGACUACCAAAUCUGAUCAACGUUUUAGCAUGGAAUAUUAUAUGCAAAAGACUUAUUACAAGACUGCAUCACUGAUUUCAAAUAGUUGCAAAUCAAUUGCCGUUCUAGCUGGGCAUACAACCGAAGUUGCUGCGUUGGCUUAUGAAUAUGGAAAAAAUCUGGGACUGGCAUUUCAAUUAAUAGAUGAUCUCCUUGAUUUUACGGGCACAUCAGCUUCACUUGGAAAGGCAUCUUUAUCUGACAUCCGCCAUGGCAUUGUAACUGCUCCAAUAUUGUUUGCCAUGGAAGAGUUUCCUCAGUUGCGUACAGUUGUUGAACAAUGCCUUGAUAACAACCCUGCAAAUAUUGAACUCGCUCUCAACUACCUCGGUAGGAGCCGUGGAAUACAUAGGACAAGGGAGCUAGCCACAAAACAUGCAAACCUUGCCGCAGCAGCAAUCAAAUCUCUGCCCAAGAGCGAAGACGAGAAUGUCAGAAAAUCGAGGAGGGCACUCGUACAUCUCACCCAGGUAGUCAUUACAGGAACCAAGAAAAGGGACGCCCCUUCUUGAUUCAUCCAAAGCCAGAAAUAAAAAUGGGCGUGCAUGGGAAAAAAAUUGUGUGCGGGAAUUGUUUCCUUUUAGAUUUUCAUCCACCCGUGGUAAGAAGAGAAUGCUUGAAUGGAAUAAUUGUGUAUUUCAUUGAUACAUGAAGGAGAAAUAUACACAGUUAAUAUGCACAAUCAACUCCAUAGAAAUUGGAGUUGACUUCCUAACUAGGUAAAUACAUAAAAAGCUAAGUACACAAAUAAUUAGGGAUUUGUUCCGAUUGAUAUCUCACUGAUUUGUCAACAUUCUCCCUCAAGUUGGUGCAUAUAUGUCACUCAUGCCCAACUUGUCUAAGAAACUUGAAAACUUAUGACUUGAAACAACUUUCGUGAGAAUAUCUGCCAACAGAUCCUCCGUUCUAAUUGACGAUACUUCAAUUA